AUGUUUAUCUCAACAAAAAUAUUUUUGUUUGUAGCUGUGUGCCUUGUUUUCAUUCAAUCAGCAUACGCUAGUGUAUUCUCUCAACUUCAAUUCAUCAAGAUCUCAUCACCUAAAAAUGGUCAAAAUUUAGUUGCUGGCAAACCUUUGACUGUCAAAUACGUUAUGCAACCUCUUAUCAAAGAUCAUGUUGCUGCUGGUAGAGCUCUCAAGUUAAAUAUCAACUUCCACAAAAGAACUGGUAAUGCAAAGCAACAAAAGGUCGCCAUUAUCCACAAGUAUUGUCCUGUCGCAGCCAAACAAGAUAAAUAUGUUACCUAUACCAAGAAGUGGACUAUCCCCAAGAGCACUAAGCCUGGAUCUUACGCUGUUGACUUUGUUGAAUUGGUUCAACUUCGUCGUGGUCAAAUGACUGCUACUGAAACUGUCAAGUUUUUUACGGUUCCUCACAUUUGCGCUUCUGGGGAAACAUUGUCUUCUACUGAAUAUGUAGUUCGUGCUGGUGGAAAAGGUGCAAAUCAAUCCAUUGCCAUUGCUAAGGCUGGUGGACGCGUCUAUCAUGCUGGUAAUUUUGGUCAUGACGCUAUAUGGAGAAAUGGUCGUGCAUUUAUUCAGGUCAGUAAGGAAACAGGCGAUAAUUGUAUCGUGUUGUAUCCUGGUACCAAUAGUACUUAUCGAGCACAAGAUGCGCACAAGGUACUUGAGUCAUUUGGACCAGGCGAUUGGAUCGUUCAACAAAAUGAAAUCAGUGAAGGUGGUGAAAUCAUGAAAUUGGCAGCGGAGAGGGGUCUUUCUGUUCUUUUUAAUCCUGCUCCUCUAACGAAGGGUAUCUUGAAGGAGUUUCCUUUUGAUAAGGUUACUAUCUUGAUUGUUAAUGAGCACGAAGCUGAGGCUUUACUUCAAGAACUACACAGCAAUGCAGCAGAGAAAUCAGGGUUGGAUUUGGCAAAUGCAUUAUUAAACACAUUCAAAUCCAUGCAAGGUGUUGUCAUUACUCUGGGAGGAGAAGGCGUGGUUGCGAAGUUUAGAAAGGAUGCCGAAAUAAAAGAUUUCAAAGUGGCUGGUAGAAAAGUAUCUGUCAAAGACACCACAGGAGCAGGCGAUACGUUUGUUGUAAGUUAUUUUAUAGACUAG